AUGCCUCGGGGCCAGAAGAGUAAGUUCCGUGCCCGUGAGAAACGCCGCCAGGCCCGGGGUGAGACUCAGCGUCUCCAGGAUGCUCAGGCCACUGCAGCAGAGGAAGAGUCCCCUUCCUCCCCCUCUCCUCUUUCUGGUGGUAAUCCCCAGAGCUCCCCUUCUGCUGGGUCAGGUAGCAAAUCCCAGGGGUCUAGGAGGGCCCCAUCCAUGACCACUGCUUCUGCAGGUGUUUCAUGCACAAGAUCUGAUGAAGGUGCCAAGAAGCAAGAUGAGGAAAGACCAAGCACCUCCCAGGCACCGCCCAACACUGAUGAUUCCCGCAGAACCCCUCUAGACGAGAAGGCAAUUGUAUUGGUGCAAUUCCUGCUGCGCAAGUAUAACAUGAGGGAGCCCAUAACAAAGGCAGACAUCAUGAAGCAUGUCAUCAAAAAGCACAAAGAGCACUUCCAUGUGAUCCUCAAGAAAGCCUCUGAGCUAAUGGUGCUGGCCUUCGGCAUUGAUGUGAAGGAAGUCGAUCCUACCAGGCACUGCUAUGCCCUUGUCAGAAAAUUGCAGCACACCUCUGAUGACAGGCUGAGAGGUGAGGAGAUCAUGCCCCAAACCGGCCUCCUGAUGACCAUCCUCUGUGUGAUCUUCAUGAAGGGCAACUGUGCCGCUGAGGAGGAUAUCUGGGAUGUACUUAAUGUGAUGGGGAUAUAUGCCGAAAGGAAGCACUACAUCUAUGGGGAUCCCAAGAAGCUCAUCACUCAAGAUUUGGUGCAGCUAAAGUACCUGGAGUACCGGCAGGUGCCCAACAGUGAUCCUCCACGCUAUGAGUUCCUGUGGGGCCCAAGAGCCCACGCUGAAACCAGCAAGAUGAAAGUCCUGGAGUUUUUAGCCAAGCUUCAUGAUACCGUCCCUAGCGCCUUCCCAUCCUGGUACCAAGAGGCUUUGCGAGAUGAGGAAGAGAGAGCCCGAGCCAGAUUUGCAGCUGUGCUUCAUAUUGGUGCCAUGGCCAGUGUGCCUUCCAGGGUCAGUUUUGGCAGCUUCUCCCACCUGUAG